AUGGAUGAGAUAGUUCCAGUCGACCAGGACAACCGGGCAAGCGCCGAGAACGAUAUUGAAAAGCCAAUCGUACCGGACGCGACCGCUCAGGCAGGUGUACGAAAGAUUGAGGCCAUUACUCUGAGCUGGAGCAAGGUCUCCCUUGCGACAUUGCUAUGCUUGAUCUGGAUGCUCUUCCUUGUCAAUGGCUUCAGGGGGGUCAUCAUGGGUAGCCUCCUGCCAUACGUGACCAGCGAAUGGCAGUUGCAUUCCCUGCUGAACGUGGUCGGAAUUGUCUCGAGCUCGAUGACUGCGGCUAUCUACAUUCCCAUGGCCAGGGUUUUGGAUGUCUGGGGUCGUGCUGAGGGCUUCCUGCUAAUGCUUUGCUUCUCUGUUGUGGGACUGGCGAUCGCGGCGGGUUCCGGGAACUUGCCUACAUUUUGCGCUGCACAGGUCUUCUAUUCCAUCGGCAACUCAGGGGUGACCUACGUUAUUUGUGUGCUCGCCGCAGACGUGACGAAUCUAAAGAAUCGUGGCCUGGCUUUUGCUUUCACUUCCUCGCCUUACAUGAUCACGCUUUCGCCGGAUCGAAAGCAGCCGAAGGCUUCCUGCUUAAUGUUAAUUGGAGGUGGGGGUUCGGAGCGUUCGCGAUAA